AUGAGCGGAAUAGAGGACGAACGAAUGGAUGCUGUCUCUGCAGGCGAUCCACCAACCAACAAAGGACUGGGUAAUAUUGCCAUCGGGAACUGCACCCACCAUGAUUACCAACUGACCCGCUCCAAGUUAACAAAUUUUGCUUUCACAGAGAAAACCAGCAAGCGCAUGCCCUUGCGAAAAAAGUACAAGAUAUUAAAAAAGAUUCGUCAACAUAACCGGAAAGUGAGGAAAGAAGCAAAAAAGAAUCCUAAAAAAAGUGGUAUGCUUAUUUCUUGUAUUAAUGCAAUAGUGCUAAGUAAAAAGGACAAAGUUUUGCAUAUUCCAAACCUAUGUCCAUUUAAAGAAGACAUGCUGAAGGAAAUGCUUCAACAACAGAAACAGAAAGAAGAAGAAAAACGUGCUAAGAAAGAAGCCCUGAAACUUGAAAGAGCAAAGAAGAAACAAGAGACCAAUACAUUUGAUUCAUUGAUUGAAGAUGCAAACAAAAAGCAAGAAAACCAUGAGCAAAUGCAGGAUGAAACUAUGUUUGAAGAAGAAGAAAACAAUAUUCAAGACAAGAAAGAUAAUAUGCAGAAGUUCUAUAAAGAAUUUAGAAAGGUUAUUGAUGAAUCAAAUGUAGUACUUCAAGUCCUAGACGCUCGUGACCCAAUUGGAACUCGCAGCAAACAAGUCGAAGAAUGUGUUUUGCAGUUUGCAGAUAAAAGGCUUGCUCUUGUUUUGAAUAAAGCAGAUUUGAUACCACAAGAAAAUUUGAAGAAGUGGUUAAAAUACCUCCGACAGUUCUUCCCUACAAUACCAUUUAAAGCUUGUACACAGCAACAGAAGAGAAAUUUGUCUCAACGCAAAAUGUCCAAGAAAACUCCUCGUCAAAUUUUGGAAGGAUCUAACUGUGUGGGUGCAGACCUUCUUAUGGCAUUGUUGGGCAACUAUUGCCGCCGGGUUGAAGAUGUUAAAGCAUCAGUUACUGUUGGGGUUGUUGGUAUGCCUAACGUAGGGAAAAGUAGUGUUAUCAACAGUUUGAAAAGAAGUCGAUCAUGUCAUGUUGGUGCAAUUCCUGGAGUAACGAAAAAAAUGAAAUUAGUCCAGCUUGAUUCCAAAAUCAAGUUGAUCGAUUCACCAGGUGUUGUGUAUGCUGAUAAAAAAUGUGACAAUUCUCAUAAUGCUCUCAAAAAUGCAGUACGUUCAGAGACCUUGAUUGAUCCAGUUAGUGCAGCUUCGUCUAUCUUGUUGCGAGUAAAUAAAGAUCAGAUGAGAGAACAAUAUAAAAUAGAUAAUUAUUCAACAGUAGAUGAAUUCUUUUGCAUACUUGCCAAGCGUUUUGGCUGUUUCCGAAAAGGUGGUAUACCUGAUCCCCAAAGAGCUGCAAGAAUACUUAUUGAUGAUUGGAAUAGGGGUAAAAUUAAACAUUACACAGAACCUCCAGAAAUAGGGAGUGAUGUUCAUGUGGAUGCACAGAUUGUGCAGACAAUGGCCAAGGAAUUCGACAUUUCUUCAUUUGAAGCCAUGGAGACUGACGUGAUUAAAGCUCUUGGAGAUUCACAGGAUGAAUCAAAUGAAGCAGAGGCUCCGAGAGAAAUGGAAGUCGAAGUAGAAAACCUUUCACUUGGUGGAGAGAUUCCUGUUCUGAUCUCGUCAUCUGUGAAGGUAGAAGAACAAAGUAAUAAAAGUAAAAAGUCUCGUUGGAAGAAGAAGAAAGAUGUUGGUGAAAAACGUGAUAAGCAGCUUCAAUUGGAAGGCAACCAGAAGCUAAACAAUGUCAAAAAGCUAGAGUUCAAGAAACUGAAAAAAGAUCAGGCAAAAAGAGCUCGACAAGCUUCAAAACUAGCGGACACACUGAGUACUGUAAGUUUGGGUUCGGCAUCAAAGAAGAGUAAUGAAGAUUAUGAUUUUUCAGUUUUAACGUGAAAAGUGAAUAGAAUUUUUGUGAAAUGUAUGGUACUCUACCUGUAUAUUGUAAUAAAUGUAUUCGAACUUGGAUUAAUUGUCAAGGAAUAACCUGAAUGAUUCCCAUAAUUUGAAAUGAUUUUGAGUGGAAACUAAGGUUGUUGUUUUUUCCUGAGGAUUUAAUUUUUGUAUCAGAUAUUUAGAGAUUCAGUAGGAUAUCUACAAUUAAAAACUUCCAUAUCUUAGCCUUCCCAACAUGAAAUAAUACACAGGAUUCAUAUUUGAAAUUCAUAUUUAAUAAAAUAUACUCAGGAUUCGUAUUUGAAACACACCAGCACUAUUAAAGAAACGCAAUAACAACAAAUUUCAUUCCGGAAGACGAAUCAUAUAUUUGGCUUCCACUUCCACUUGGGAGUCCUUGCUGUUAUCGUGGUUGUCAUAGGAACCACAUCCUGGAGAUUGAGAUGCAUUAAAAGCGGCCUACUUCACCUCAACGGCUGGUGUGGUCGGUGGUGCACUCAUUCUACACCUUCCUGAGUUUUAUGUGCCCAGUAGAAUUUGUGCAUGUGCCAUUACACUUAGUGAUUCUAUUAAAGCCAUCAUAUACUUGUAGUACAUGAUAAAGAAAAUAAAUUAAAAAUUCUUCUACAAAUAAUUGGUGAAGUGCCACUUCAUCU